ACAGAUGAACCAGAUAGCCGGCACGACAUCCUUCCAAGAAGUUGUUCACUCACAUCGGGCAGCAGCAAACCCAGGCAAGAAAUGGUUGCGAGUGGGAGAGCAAGAGCGACGCCCUUGUGCCUCCUGGUCCUGGCGGCGGCCGCGGUCUCGCUGCUCCUCGCGGCGGCCGCGCGGCCUGGAGCCAGCGAGUGCACGUCGGCGCUGGUGAGCCUGUCCCCGUGCGUCGACUACAUGAGCGGUGACGACACGACGGCGAUGAGCCGGUGCUGCUCGCAGCUCAGGUCCGUGUCGCGGUCGAAACCGCAGUGCCUCUGCGCCGCGCUCGGCGUCGACCGGACGCGCGCUCUCGGCCUCCCCGCCGCGUGCAACGUCCAGGCCCCGCCCGUCAACGAGUGCAACCUCGCACGAGCAACGCCGGAGCAUGAAAUGCCAGAUCAAGCAGCGAUGCUAUAGAAUGAGCAUCCUUUAAGCAUAUCUCUGGACACCUACAGUGUAGUGUGCAUACGUGCGUGGGUUGAAUGCAGGGUCGGGCGGUCCUGCGGCGAGUCGCUCCGGCGGCCAGCGCGGUGGCUGCGGUUUACGGUGUGCCAGCCGUUGCAAUCCACGAUGUGUCUGUCGUGUGCGCUGUAAGUUCAGCAAUUUUUUUUUUCUCUUUGAAGGGUUCAGCAUUGUCAAGGAGGAUUUGGAGUAUCGUGUUGUGCGGUUGACUCCAUGGCUACUCCCAUUUGUGCUAUUUGUUCCCUAACAGUCGUGAUAAAA